AGCCGGCGUUGGGAGGCGGGGAAAAGCGACGCAAGCAGCCGCGACGCCAUUUGCUGCAGCUGAGCGUGGGCGCAGGCGGAUCUCGGAAGAACUCGGUCGCGAGACUCUCCCGCGCACGCGAGCCGGCCUGUCUUACCUGCUUGGUACCGCGAGGUCCCACGCGUCGCCCCUGGGGCCCCUCCGAGGAGUCGCCGCUCCCGCCGCCGCAGCCAAGCCCAGGAUAGAAGUCGGAAACGCCGGGAGGCUUCCGUCACCGCCAUGCCCAAGAAUAAAGGUAAAGGAGGUAAAAAUCGACGCAGAGGUAAGAAUGAGAAUGAAUCUGAAAAAAGAGAGCUGGUGUUCAAAGAAGACGGACAAGAGUAUGCUCAAGUAAUCAAAAUGUUGGGAAAUGGACGAUUAGAAGCGAUGUGUUUUGAUGGUGUAAAGAGGUUAUGUCACAUCAGAGGGAAAUUGAGAAAAAAGGUUUGGAUAAAUACUUCAGACAUUAUAUUGGUUGGUCUCCGAGACUAUCAGGAUAAUAAAGCCGAUGUAAUUUUAAAAUACAAUGCAGAUGAAGCUAGGAGUCUGAAGGCAUAUGGCGAGCUUCCAGAGCAUGCUAAAAUCAAUGAAACUGAUACAUUUGGUCCUGGAGAUGAUGAUGAAAUUCAGUUUGAUGACAUUGGAGAUGAUGAUGAAGACAUCGAUGAUAUCUAAAUUGAAUUCAACAUUUUACAUUCCAAUUUCUCUGAGGAUUGUUCCAACAAUUUGGAUUUUGGCUGUGACCUGUUAAAGAAGAUUAAAAUUUCAUUAGCAUGAGUGCAAUUUGUUAAAGCAGACUGAUUUGUUUCUAAGGUAUUUCUUUAAAAACUGGUAAUCCUGAAUUCUCUUAAGUGAAAAGUUAAACCCCCUUUGUUCUUUUGAUGUAUUGGAGCUUAUGGGUAAAAGACCACAUCUACUAUUUUUAAAAAGAGGGGAGAAAUGCAUUACUGCCUUUCCUACUUUGACCCCUUCCCGUAAGUAAAUGAAUGUUCUGAAUAAACCAUUUGCCCUGCACUCAUUAUGGAUUAUGAGUAAGCCCUACCUUUGACUAGCCUGUUGACUGUAUAUUCCAGUUACUUUGAUGUUCCCUUGAGAUUUUGAUACAGUUUAAAGGAGGCAGAACUCUGCAUUUGAAGUAAAAAAUAAUUAGGUCUGUUUUUCAUAUUUAAGUACCAUGUGGCUAUUUUUGUACUAAUUUUGAUAUCAUAUACAUUCUUUUCAUGAUCUUAUUUUGCCACUAUAAAUGUUAUCAGCAAAAAAGCAUUUCCAAAAUGCAGGUUUUAGAACCUGGGUUUUAAUAGCAAUUUUUAAUUUGUAAGGUUAGUAGUUACAGGAAUUGAACAGUAGGUGGCACCCAGUCAUCUUAACAUUGAAACGUUGCUGUAGUUGUCAAUUUUUUUUCUUACUGUGCAUAGGAAAUUUCCCAAACAAGAAAAGAUUGUUUUGAUCAUGUGCAUGUAUGUAGAAUAUUUUUAAAGAACAAAAAUAUUGUUAAAAGUGUCAUUUUAUUUCAGAAGUCAUAUACCUAUAAGCUAUAAUUUUGAGUGCUUUAUAAACACCUGAAUUAAUGUAUAAAUGAAAACUUAAUUUCCUAACAACUGUACAAACUAAGCCUUUUUCAAACUAUCCCUAAGCUGGGAAAAGAGGAGGGGAAUAACAAUUUACUGAAAAGAUGGUUUCUCAUUUUAAAAUGGGAGAGCUACAGCUGAGAAAUAUAAUAAAGACAAUGUCAUCUGCAGAGUAUAUUAUACCUUGACUUUGUGUUUAGGAUGUAUUUUAUUGUGUGUAAAGAUUUGUUUUGCUUGUAUUUGUUUUCAACUCUACAAAGAUGAAAUUAAUGGCUGGGCUAUUUAGACCUCACUAGCCACAUUGAAAUCUUAUGCAACUUUAAAAGAAGAGGUCCAUCAUUAAGGUAAUGAAGCUUUUAUUCUACCGGUCUCCAGGGGUGUUUUCAAUGAUGAAAAGUACUACAAAGGGAAAUAAACCUUCAUGUGGCUUCAAAAAAUAAGCAAAUCUUCUCUAAUCUCAUUGCUUAUUCCUAAGUGUGCAAACUCUGGAAUCAGAAUCUGAGGUACUAUAAAACAUUAUUAAAUCAAAGAAUAGAAAUGAGUAGACAGUUGGAAUUCAUGUUUCUUAAUUCUCUGGAGUUCUGAACACUUACCCUAGAUGGAAUGCAUCCAAGACCAUAAGCUGGUUUUUUUAAGACUUGUAAGAAACUAGCCUUGAAGAAUUAACCUAGUGAUUAUCUUCAUCAAAAUCUAAACUUAAGAUAUUUAGGCUUCUGUACAAAAAGUGUUUUGCUAAAUUUGUGGUGUAUAUAUAGAUCCUUUUUCCGUGUUGUUUUACCAAGAAUGUUGUAACUCUGCAUCUGUGGUACAGUUCAUGGUAGGGAUGGUACAACUCACACAUUAGCUUUUCUACUUACCUCCUCUAACAAAUAUGGUUCGUCUAAAGAUUCUUAAAUUAUAACUAUGGUCCCCAUUCAUGUGUGUGUUAGUGAUAUUUUUUUUUCCUUGCCUAUGUAGUAACAGCUCAAUCUAGUGCCAUUGCAUCCUGGAAAAUCUCAAAUCAUAAUGAUUAUAAAAUGGUAAAGGUCUAGGUCAUACGCAACACUACUUGGAGGGAUUGUUUUAUUAAAUUUAAUGUGAAAUUUGUAUAGUUUUAUUGAUUAUAUUUUAAAUGAGAAAUGGAAGUGGUUCUUGGUGUUUUUUGUUUUGUUUUUUUGGUGUGUGUAUGUGUGGUGUUUUGUUGAGUUUCUUUGGUUGGUUUUUGGUUUGUAUGGUAUUUUUUUGUUUGUUUUUUUGGUUUUGAUUUUGGGAUUUGUUUGAUUAUACUCUUUGAUUCCCAUAACAGAGCUAUAAGGUAUGCCCCGAGAGAAAAUAAAAUGUUUGAAAUCCAACAAUAAUGGUUCUUCCUGCUAAGCGGGUAUAAUAAUUAUUACUAAUGAAUUUGAUGGGCUUGCAUUUUUCAUGCAGUGUUGAUUCUACUUCCAGUUAGAGUAUAAAUAAAUUGUAUUACUAAGGUGGCUCAAGAACCAAACCAAGCAUUUUUGUGAAAAAAGACUUGCCAAGAUUUAAUUGCUUGACUGUUGAAUCUUUUUUGAACAUCCAACCUCUUAAGAGAUCCUCUUAAGGAUCCUGUAAACUAUGCAUGAUGACAGUUCGUGUAUUUUAUUAAGGAAUGGCCAUUGGUUUACUCACCACAUCUACAGAAUCAUGGCUGUAAAUAUAGUUGGUUACAAAACUCCUUGUGACUUGUAGUUUAACUUAAUCUCCUCUAUCUUGUGUAAAUAUUAAAUUAUAGGAUGGUGAAUAACAUCUUUAGUACAUAUAAAUUGCUGUCAGUAAUGACUUCAGAACAACAGAGUAAUCAAAUAGGUAAAAGCAUGUUUGAAAUAAAAAUACCUAGCUGGAUUUAUACUUUAUUUGUAUUGUUUACAGAUUUUAAAGUAUCCAGUAUUAACUGUAGCUUGAUGCUUAAAGUAUCAGAAUGAAAGUGCGGUUCUUUAUGUCUUAACAAUUAAGAUUCAUAUUGGUAGAUGUUUAGAUCUUUGUCCUGCUUAGCCAGAGGAAGUUUCAUUUAUACUGUUUGGACUCCCAUGAACUUGUACACACUACUUUUGUGUUUUUGAUUUACCUUAAACUAUCAUUCUUUUUAUCCUUGCUUAUUUCUUCCUACUCAGAAAAGAACAAAAUCAUAAGUCUUAUUACUACAGCCGUAUUUAGACACUUAACUUCUCAGGUACAGAGUGAACCAAGGAAUUUGGAGAGUAUUGGAGUGGAUCCUCUUCCCCCCAGCUGCUGGGAACUUAGGAGGCAGUGUGAUAGAGAGUGAAGGGAGCAUGGGCCCUGGGGUCAGGAGGCCUGUGCCCCAACCCCCACUCUGCCCUUAACCUCCAGGUGACCAUGGGCACCUUCUCUCACUUGUGUGAGUUUCAGGCUCCUUACCUGUAAGAAUGGGGGUGAUGAGAAUAGUACCUGCAGAAUUGGUAGGAGGAUUAAUUAUGUCUCCAUAGGUGUAUUGCACCUAGAGCGGUGUCUGCCGCUUUUCACUUGGUAUCCAGGACUGUGUAAGAUCAAAUAUGCGCAUCUUUUAUAUUCUCUAUUUACCAUUUCUUUCACUUGCAGUCUUUGGUUCCUAUAAUGAAAGAAACUUGUAGAAUAUAUAUAUUCAUAUAUUCAUGUUGACACAAUAUAUAAAAUAAUUGUUACCACCCUCAUUUAAUUCAGCAUAAGACUAACAAAUCUCUAAAUUGCUUAAAGAUGGAUGUUUUGCAAAAUACCAACUAUAUUUCUUUAGAGAAAGUUUAUAGUUAUUAAUAUUGAUAGCUCUGGUCAUGUUUCAUUCUUAAGUCUAAUGAGUCCUUUUACUAUAUAGAUUCAUGACAGCUAAUUAGUAUUGACUGAUUUGAAGAUUUGGACUUAUGUAAAAAAAAUGGAUGCAAACUAUUACAAUUAGAAAAUAAAAUAUGAAAUAACUUCUAACCGUA